AUGAUACCACAAGAGUUAUUCUCUAGCUAUCCAGUAGAGAUCCCAACAACUCUUAUUGGUAAACAAGCAUGGCGAAUCCUCUCUAGUCAUGACACUCUUCUUACUAAAGUAUACAAAGGAAGAUAUUUCCCUGCUGGGGAUUUUUUGGGUGCUUCCUUGGGAACAAACCCCAGUUUUAUUUGGAGGAGUCUUGUGUCGUUGAAGGAGUUGCUUCAGCUUGGACUUCGUUGGCGUAUUGGGAAUGGCUAUUUUAUUAACGUUUGGAAGGACCCUUGGUUAAAUUGUGAUGAGUUUUACAAAGGAAGAUAUUUCCCUGCAGGGGAUUUUUUGGGUGCUUCCUUGGGAACAAACCCCAGUUUUAUUGGGAGGAGUCUUGUGUCGUUGAAGGAGUUGCUUCAGCUUGGACUUCGUUGGCGUAUUGGGAAUGGCUAUUUUAUUAACGUUUGGAAGGACCCUUGGUUAAAUUGUGAUGAGUUUUUCAGAGUUCCAGUGGAACCUAUACCUGGUUUUGAAGACUUGAGAGUUGUUGAUUUGCGUGAAUCCAUGGCUGGCAGCUGGAAUAUUGAUCUAGUUAGAGGGUUGUUUCCUCCUGCUGUUGCUGAUAUUGUCCUUUGUAUGAAGUUGAGUUGUAGGGAUUGUGAGGAAAGGCGAGCUGCAGCAAAUGAGGUGGUGUGGAGACAUAUGUGGGAGUUACAAGUCCCGCCUAAGGUUUCACAUUCCUGUGGCGUGCUUGUCAUGAUAAUUCAGUCUAAGAGCCGACUGUGUAGGAAAGAUUUGAAUAUUGAUGGCCGGUAUUUGGUGUGCAAUGAGGACGAGCCAGCAAUACAUGCUUUGGUGUACUGUUCGGUGGCUGUCUCUUGCUGUGCAGGUUGCCGACUGUGGACUCAGGAUCUUAUUGUAGAGGGUAUUAAAUACUGGCAAAAGCUGGUGUGGGAUAGGGGUGAGAUGGUGGAUAGGGCGGAAGCAGCUGUGAUAGCAUGGAAUAUCUGGAACUGCAAAAGUAAGCAUAUUUGGCAUGGCAUCCAAUCAUCGCCGUCGGUGAUUGUUAGUUCUGCGUUGAGCAUCCUUCAUGAUUGGCAGUCGGCUCAACUGGUUUUCACUCCCUUGAGUUCAACGUUGCACACUCCGACUAUUCCUCAGAAAUGGCAGCCACCUCCUACGGGGUUGGUGAAGUGCAAUGUCGACUCAACCACCUUUAAGCAGCUAACAGUGGAGACCAUUGGCCAUAGGGAGGUUGUAUCAUGGCUGAAGCAGAUAGGCUUGGCUGGAGUUAUUGUGGAGUUGGAUGCUCAAGUAGUCUGUAAGGCUGUCAAGGGACAUGUUGGGUAUGCUGGUUCAAGAUUGUAA